AUGGACGCGAAAGAUAUCCUUGGAUUACCCAAAAACUCGUUCCCUUCUUCAAUUGAGAAAAAAUCUCGACCUCCCAAAGAGUCUCAGAGAAAACCUGAUGGCAUUUCUCGCGAGGUUUAUGCACUUACCGGUGGUGUGCCACCUCUUAUGCCCGCUGUUGAUGCUUCACAAUUGAAGAAAAAGCCUCCUACUGAUGAAAAGGUUACUUGGCAGUGGCUUCCUUUCACCAAUUCUGCUCGUAAAGAUGAUCUUAAUCUUUACCAUUGGGUUCGAAUAGUCAAUGGUGUUCUACCCACUGGAGACUAUUCCUUUGCCAAGUAUAACAAGUCUGUUGAUAUUAUCAAGUACACAGAUGAGGAGUAUGAAAAGUAUUUGACCGAUCCUACGUGGACCAAGGAAGAGACAAAUGAACUAUUCGACUUGUGUGAGAGGUUCGAUCUUCGUUUUGUUGUGAUAGCUGACAGGUUCACAUCGUCUCGGACUGUUGAGGAGUUAAAGAAUCGAUAUCAUAGUGUGUCGCGGGCUAUAUUACUUGCUAGGGCUACAUCUUCAGGGGAUGUGGCAACACAUCCUCUCAUAAAGGAACCUUAUAAUGUUUCACAAGAAAUGGAACGUAAACGGGCACUGUCCAUGGUCCUCUCCCAAACAAGACAACAAGAGAAAAGAGAUGAAGAGGUUCUUAUUGAAGCAAAAAGAAUAGCCGAGUUACGGGUGACUUCGAAGGUUACUGAACAGUCUCAAACGGCUGUUGCUUCAAAUGCUGAUGCAGGAGUUACAGAGAGGGCUGUCCCUGGUGAGACUAUAUCUCCAUCGAAUGUGCAACUUCCACCAAUGGUUGUUCCUCCAUUGGCAGACAAUGCUUCUACUCUAGCUUCUCUUCGUAUGCUUCGAGUAUAUUUGAGGACAUAUGCACUUGAUCAAAUGGUGCAAGCUUCAAACUCAUCUGCUGGACUUCGGACUAUCAAACGGGUUGAGCAAACAUUGCAAGAUCUUGCGGUCAAUUUGAAACCAAGGGUUCCAACAAAAGCUGUUUGUGCAGAGCAUCUUGAACUAAGAAGAGAAAUACUAACUUGGCUGAAUCUCCAGAAACAGGUGCAAUAUAAAGAGGCUGAAGGUUCAUCUUUCCGUGACGGAUCCUACGGUGAAACACCAGGCACACCAAAGGAUCGCACAUUUAUUCCCGACUCUUUGAAUUUUGGAGUUUCAGGCGAAAGGGUUAGCAAAAAGGACCAAAAACGCAAGGCGCAUGGAGCUCCACCUACAGCGGCCCAUAAAAGACCUAGAAAACAAAAGGCUUCGGACCUUUAA